AUGGCUACCCACCGACCCCGAUCCAACAAGCCUGCAGCCAACGGCGCCCCUGCUUCGUCCAAACGCUCAUGGGUGAUGCUCUCCGCGCUGCUGGUCGGCUUCUGCGCCAUCAUGGCCGCUCUCGACUCGAUUCGUUCCAGCUUCUACAUCUUCGACCACAAGGAGGUGUACAAGAUCGCAUCCGGUGCCGUCGCCAAGCACCCUGGCAAUGCUACGGCCAUCUUUGACGACAUUCUCGACAACCUGCGUGCCGACCCCAAGACCGCGCCGUACAUCAACAAGAACCACUUUAGCGUCGAGUCCGAGUGGAUGUUCAACAACGCCGGCGGUGCGAUGGGCAGCAUGUACAUCAUCCACGCCUCCAUCACCGAGUACCUCAUCUUCUUCGGCACUCCCGUCGGCACUGAAGGCCACACCGGUCGUCACACUGCGGACGACUACUUCAACAUCCUCACGGGCAACCAGUACGCGUUCCCUGCGGGCGCGCUCAAGGCGGAGCACUACCCUGCCGGCUCGGUGCACCACCUGCGCCGCGGCACGGUCAAGCAGUACAUGAUGCCCGAGGACGGAUGCUGGGCCCUUGAGCUCGCUCAGGGCUGGAUCCCACCCAUGCUGCCGUUUGGUCUGGCCGACGUGCUCAGCUCGACCCUCGACCUGCCUACGUUCGGCAUCACCGUCUGGAUCACCGCGCGCGAGAUGAUCGGAAACCUCCUCAUCGGCAAGUUCUAA